CAGGUUUAGUGAGUUCUCGAAGCAGUGAGCUCAUCACGUCAGUUUAGUAUAAAAAUCCCCACACUCAUGCAUUCAGUACACAGCGGAGCGGACGGUGGAAUCAAACACCAGACUGAAGCAAGAGUGAAGACUAGAUCUACAUCUACAACAGACAAUAACCUCUCCGAGAUGAAGAGCGUUCUCCCAGUGAAGAUGUUGGCGGCGUUGGCUCUGGUUCUGCUGGUGUCCAGUGCGACUGAGGGACGGAUUCUCAGUAAAUGUGAGCUGAAGGCUCAGCUCGAGGCGGGUCUGGGAGGAAAUCAGGGAGGAAGUGGGCCUGGAAAUGUCACUUCUGGGGUUGGAAACGUGACCGGAGGUGUUGUUGGAAAUGGGACUGGAAGUUUGCCUGGAAAUGGGACUGCGCCUGGAAAUGCAACUGUAGACUUGGGCCUCAUCGCCAAAAUCGUCUGUUCUGUUGAACGUGUGUCAAAGUUCAACACCAACCUGGUCACCGCCAUCGGAUCUCCAGCAGAUUCCCGUCCCAGACCAGCACAACGACCCAAUGAAAGACCAGGGGGAAGACCUGGUCAGGGCCGUCCCGGUGGAAGAGGAAAGAGAUCUCCUGGUGGGGGGCGGGACAGGAAUCCACCUAGCAUGUUUGGAGACAGUUCAGAAGAGGAUUCCAGCGAAAACUCAGGAGUUGCCACAAAACUGUUUGGGAUCUUCCAGCUGAGCGAUCGCGUGGCGUGCGAUUCCGGAUCCGGACAGAGUCUGAACAUCUGCCGCAUGAACUGCAGUGCUCUGAUUGAUGAUGACAUCAGGGAUGACAUCACCUGCCUGAAGACCCUGUUGGACAGCGCGACCAAUGCCGCUGCUCCAGUCUUCGCUCCUCGGCCCAAGAAGAAGAAGCACAUGUUGUGCGUGAAGGAGUGCCGCAAUGUCAACCCGUUGCAGUACUUUGCUGAGUGUGUCUAACACAUUCAGUGUUUCUUCUGUCCAGCUUCAUCCUGAUGCAUUACUGUAAUAAACCCAACACUUGAUGGUUGCAACCA